GGUGGUGUUGGUAGUAUUUGUUGUUUACAAAUGUCGGAUGUCGGCUGCUUGUUUGAUUGUCCCCCUUAGCUAGCCCUUUGACAUCGGACAUCAGUUUACAUUUUGUGAACGGUUUACGACAGCAGCAACUACGCAACCGGUGUAAGACUACCUUAGUAUGAGUUCCUUAGACGUAGAAAGCGGAAAAGGGAAUGUUGGUCAGUCAGCAUUGCGACAGGCAAAGCAACCAACAGCUUGGGUUGAAGAUGAGCUUCCAGAGCUAAGCCUCAGCUCUACAAGUGCUUCAUCAAGCGAUGAACCUGAUAAAAUAAAGCAGACGGAAGCAAAUAUGAAGAGCCAGCAAAGCAUCAAAAACACCUCAAGAGCUCAUCGCAAUCCUGCCACAGCUGCCAGACAGGAAUACCCUGAGGUUGUUGUUCGAGCCAGAAUUGUCGAAACAGCUGACAACAAUCCCAAGUCUCUAAAGUUAGAUCUUCCUGCUGCAAAAUCUCAUGAUGAAUUGAUACAAAACUUAAAUGAGAAGACCAGUGACUCUGAGCCUAACAGCUUACAUGCGUCAAAUGAAACCACUCCAAGAAUCUCAAAAACUCCAAACAAUAAGAAUGAAAAGUACCAGACCCAAGUGGCUAAAGAUGAGGUUGAACCAGAUAUUACCAGGAGAAUUUCUGUGGGUGAUUCAUCACUUGACGGAAGCUACAGUAUGACAUCACAGUCUCACUCUGAGACUCGAUCAUAUCGAGACAGAUUGAAGGAUCGAUUCCAGAGUGUCAAGGUAAGAGCUGGCAACAUUAAGCCUGAAACAAAGGCUAAAAGGAACCCUAUUAGUGAUUACAUAAGUCAGCAGAAAGCUGCUCAGUCACGGGUUGAUGAACUGUUUAAGAAGGAAGAAAUGGAACUAGAAGUUGCAUUGGAGAAACACCAAAACUCUCACCAUAAAAGACUCUCUCCUGACAAACUUCCAGAACAAGUUUCAAAUGCAGACUCAUCCAUUGAUUUCUUUACCAGAGUGUGGGAACCUGAACCAACAACAAUAGGCUCUCCAGCUCCUCUAGCAUCCCAAGAUGAAGGAGAUUCUGUCUCAUCAUCAGAACGAGCUGAGGAUCAUUUGGAUAUGAGUGGAGCAGAUAAGUCCAAGUUACUGGCAGCUGAUUAUUUAGGUCUUACCCGAGAUGAAUGGGAAGUAGUUGAUCAUAAUGCUGGACCUUCACUUCCUGAUGAUCAUGAAUCUCGUACUAAAGAGUCUGAAUUAUACUUCUUUCCAACAAGAAGUCUCGUCCCACUAGAAGAUCGCCUUGCUCCAGGAAAGGAGGUCCGAUACAGAGAAGAAGAAGGGCUCUUUGUUGGUUUUCGACCUAAAGUACGUUCAAGCAACUGCCAUCGCUUAGAAAAGAGAUUGCUUGAACAAGGGGGAAGACAUUGGUUUGGAGAUGAUGGAGAGUUACAUGUUCUACCUAAUCCCAUCAGGUUGACUCCUUAUAGACCUCAAAUAGAAGAUUUUCCUACAAAUUUACAGCAUGUUGAAUAUGAACCUGGAAUAAAACCUCUCAUCUUUCAAAGCAAUGUAGCUUCUGAAGGUGUCAAUUAUGCCCUACUAGAAAUCCACAUUGGGACGCUUCACUUCGAGCACCAUCCUCUUUUUAGUCAGGAACAUGUGCUUGCUCAACGUCUGUUAAAUUUGUAUAAUCAAUACAGAGUAAGAGAAGCUAUGCAACAAGAAGAAAGACUAUCAGGCCGUCUAGAUUCAUUACGCCAAGCAUAUGAUAAUCUACAAGCCUUGCUAAACUCUAAUGCUGCUGACAUUUCUCCACAACAAUUGGACCGUAUGAAAAUGUACAAAAAAGAAGUUCGGGCUACGUGGCAACACUUACUAGCUGAAGGAUUUCAAAGCCGCCAACUACUUGUUUCCCUCCUUUCUAUUUGGCGUGAUCUUAAAAAGCUUAGAGAUGUUCAAGGUUUCACAUGUACCCCUCAUAGGCUGGUCAUUCAUUGUGAGCAGUUGACUCAGAAGGAAUUAUUAGCUGAAAAGGCUAAAUGGGAAAGAGAGAUACGACAAGCAUGUAUUGAACUUGAAAUGGAAGAACAAGAAAGAUUCAGCUCUGAGUGGGAGCAUUAUCAAUCUCAAUUAAAAGUUUGGAAGAAACAAGAAAUUAUGAGAGGAAAGGUAACUAACAUACAGUCAGAGUCCAUACCGAUAGUUUACAGUGAAGAAGGAACAGAGGACCACACAAAUAGUGACAGAACAUCACAAAUUAUGAUAAAUACAGGUGGUUUUGUGCUGUUGGACAAGCCACUAGAACCUAAGCCGGUUGACAUAAGCAGUAUCAAAGCGCAAGUUUUUGACAAAAUGUCUCUAUGUUUACGUCCUCCUGGAGAGCCUAAGCUGAAAAUUUCAUUAAAAGAGUCUGAGAAGGCAACAGAUGAUCCCAAAGAUGCGAGAGAGAAGCAACGAUGUAGUGCCUUGAAGCGGUGCCAGUUAUUUAUUCGUAUCUACUACAAUAAUAAAGAAGUGUGCAAAACUCAAUCAUAUUCUCUUAAUGCAAAAUUUAAAGUAGUCUUCAAUGAGUGCUUCUCAAUCAGAAUUCUUCAGCCACCUGAGAGUAUUCACCUUGCAGUAUUUGAAGAUGGUGCUGGAGGAGGUAGGCACCAGCUUGCUCAAGUAUUCUUGCCUAUCCCAGCUGCAGACAAGACCUUAAAAACGGCAGUUUUGGAUCAUCAUGAGUUUAGCAGUGAUCGGAUUGUGUCUUUUAGUCAUGCUGGGGUGGGAAGUGGGACAUUCAUUAGUGGAUCUCCUGGUGUUAAUGGAUGCUUGUACACAUCUGGUGUUGUGUGUUGCCGGGCCGGAUGGGGCAUAGACAAGGAGAAAAAUUUGAUUCUUGCCCCUCAACAAAAAUAUUUGCCCCCUACUGACAGUGAGCUCGAAUCAUCUGAUUUUCUGGCUGAUUUGGGUAAAGAUGGCUCCUUUGAUCUUACCAAAUUGACAGAGUGGGCUCAAAAAUCUCAACUUGAUCCUAAUGAUCCGUCCAAUGCCUCUUUCUUUUUUCUCUUGAAGAACCUCAGUGCAAACUCAAAGCAGGAGUUGAACUAUUUUCGUUUAAGUCCUUUGCAAUGCAAUUUUGAUUUCUGUGAACCCAGCUUUCUUGAUAAAAACCGAAGGUUGCGUCUGUUAGUAUUACGCGCCCAAGGAGAGACAGAAUUCCGUGACUGGAAGCAAAUACCAAACCGAGAAAAAGAAAUUUCAACUGAAAUUUUUAAGUCCUAUGAGAAAAGGUUGAGCGUCAGUGCUAGAGAGACUGAACUUGAUGUUGAAAUGAUGUGGUCUGAUCCACUGUCAUCUCACAGAGCCUGGGGUCGAUUAUAUUUGGAACGAGUUUAUCAGAGGGUUCUUGCGCAGUGUAGACAAGCACAGCGUAGUGCCAACUUGCAUCAUAUUGUAGCAGAGGAUCAAGUACCCGACAUUAGUACAUUAGGAUUGACGUUUAUGAAGUGGUUGCAACCCAAAAGGCCUUUGAGACCACUACGCAAAGAACGCAAAAAAGUAGCUGUUCAGAGUCUUGCUGGACAAGAAGUCAGAUUAAUGGUGAAUGUCAUACGGGCAUUUGAAGUUCCUGUUCGUAAGAUGACUGAUUCACUGCUAGGAUCUGUAUCUGUGCCCUCAUCUACAAAUCUUGGUUUUGCUACAGUUGCUGUGCGACCAUUUGUUGAAGUAUCAUUUCAGGGAUUAUCUUUUCGCACUACUACUGCUGAGGGAGCUAACCCAACAUGGAAUCAGGAUCUUCAAAUUCCAGUGAGGCCUGGAAGUACCGAAUCUGAUACUCUUUUUAUUCAUUUAUUUGAUGAAGUCAUUGUUGAUCUUGUGGAGGACGACAGACAAAGAGAAACAAGCAUCCACCAGCGUUUAGAACGUAAUUGGCUGGCAAGCUUGCACAUUCCUUUUUCAACUCUGGUCCAUAAUGCAAGAAUUGAGGGAACCUUUAAAAUGUACUCUCCCUCAAUGCUUCUUGGCUAUGAGAGAGAAUCCCACCAGAGGACAGGCUGGCAGCCAGGAACAUUCUCUUCAGAUCAAGGUGGCCAAUUAUUUCCAAACAGGGAUGCUACCUUUCUCAACCUAUUUAUUACAGUGCUACCUGUUCUGAACCCUCCAGAACCAUUCAAUGAACGUCUUGAUAGCAGUGAAGUGUCAGUAUUGGAAGAGCAUCUUCUCCAUUUUGAGGAAGAAAUGAAUGUGGUUGUCCCACAUAGGCAGUUUAAAACUCUAGUCAUUGAUGCAAGUGGAAAGUCAGUUUGCAUUACUAGAUUUUUCCGUCCCUUAACACCACCAGCCCUGUUAGGUGAAGGGACAAUUACAGAGCACAUGGCUGCAAGAUUUGUGUCUAUGGUACCAGUGGCUCCAAACCAAGGAAUGUUUGACGUUUGGUUAACCUGUGAUCAAGUUCUGCGUCUGGGCUGGGGAGAUCCAUGGGCUCAUGCAGUUCUGCUUUGCUGCUACUUGAUGGGAUUAGGCAAGAAAGCCUGGCUUUUGGUAGGGACGGGCAUACCACACGGUCUAACAGCUUAUGUGUUUGUCCAUGAGAAACAAGAGCAGAAUAAAUCACACUUUUGGGUUUGGGACCCAACAGCAGGGCAGUGCUACAGUAUAUUUGAUUCAUUCUGUCCUUUGCAACGAGUCUAUGGCCUCGUAAAUGAUGAAAAUAUUUGGAUUAAUUUGCAGAAGGAGGAACUUCCUCGGCGCACUCAGUUUGAUUUGAAUCGCAGAUCAGAUUGGAUGGCUGCCUUUGGAAGCCGAAGAGGUGCUAUAUCUGCCCCUGUUGGGAGUGUGCAACCCUCUUCCUUGCACUAUUCUCCAACAUCCACCAAUGCCUCAAAUAUCUUACAAGAUAAAGUUGAAAACUUUUUAAGAGAUUCUCUUAUGAAAUGGAGGCGUACAAAAAUAACACUGUGGAAUCGUUACUGUAUUGCUACCCUUCGCAAAUUACUGCCUCGGCUAGAAAAUGCUAGUUGUUUUGGUUCUGGAGAAAAUUCUAGCCCUCACCAUUCUAGGGAAUUGCAGCAUAUCUUGACUUCUCAUAAGGUUUGUGGAUUUCCUAUAAAUCUACCAUAUACUUCAGUUGAAGCUAUCGUUGAAGCAGUUCGAGCAACUGGAGUCCACCACAACCAAGAUGAAAAUGCCGAAUUUGCCUUAGCAGUGUACAUUCAUCCAUUUCCAAAUAAUAUAUUAUCAAUCUGGGUUUAUGUUGCAUCUUUAACAAAGCUUCGGUAGCUAUAUAACUCAUUUGAAAACACAUUCUUGAGCGCAUGAGUGUUGGAAUUUGAUUUUGGCAUGUAUAUCAAGUUGGAUUUACUGAUGAUGAUUAAAGAGUCUUUAAAUAAAGAAAAUAUUACCAGA